UAUGGUAACCAAUUGUUGAAACUAUGAAAGAGUAAUAAUGCGAUCAAUUUUUUUAUAUCCCUUAUAUACUAAAGCGCAAGUCGCACGUCCAACCUAACAUGACAAGUGGAAAAGCUUCUUUUUUUUUUUAAAUGAAAAAUACAAAAAGCAAAACACGUUAUUGUUUGCAAAAUUUGGAAGUUUGAAAAUAAAACAAAUAACCAACUUUAAAUGACCCAAUCAUGUGAAGCAAUUUAAAAAAAAAAAAACUGUGUGCAAUAAUUAUAGAAGUUAGUUCUGAAAAUUUCUUGCAUCUCCUAUUUUUCUGGAGUUUAAAUAUAAACUAACAAUUUCCUUAUUUUCCUCAUAAAUUUUUGUUUACGUUGAUAUAUAUAAUUCUCCUAUUUUCUUCAUCUCCUAUAAAUGCAUCUAUUCUACUCACAAUUAUUUCUACAACCAGCUAAUACUUUGAUAUUUUAAAUCUCUUAUAUUCAUUUGUCUUCAGCAACAACUACCUAUAUUCAAAGGUGAGAAUUUUCAGAUUGUUAGCGAUAAAGUGACACGAUUACAUUCAGUUUAUACAUGUGUGUCUAUUUUGUAGGUAAUAUGAGGUUCACGUGUUUAUGAAAGCUUACAUUUGCCCAUGUGUACUAUCUAAACUAUUAAAACUGAAGUACAAAUUUAAAAUAAUCCUAACUUUUUCUAAAGAAUUACCCUCUCAUGCCAUUAGCUUUGAUUCUUAAAUCAACCAAAUUAAAUUAACUUUAAAUAACGUGUUUUAAUGAUUGUCUUCUCUAAAUUCAUGGGUUGUUGGUAGAUGCAAAUUAUUUUGUCAAAUUCGUAAUUUUUAUGAAGAAAGGAUUGUUUUUUUUAAACACAGUGAAGAAAGGAUUCAUCAUUUCUAUAUUUGAACUAUAUUUUUUUCAUGAUAAAUUUUACUUAUUUUUCAUUUAUUUAUAGCAAACAAAGUGGAAACCUAUAAAAAAAAAAUCUGACUUCAACAAAUAUAAACUUUUCAACUAACGAAAAUAUACAGAGUAAUCCUAAAUACAUGCUGGUUUGUUAUGGUUGGAAAUUAAAAACUAUGAGUGUUUUGGUUUUUGCAAAGAAUAGUAUACACAAAAUGGUUUCUACGGAUCAAAUACAAAUGUAAUUGUAUUAAAACUAAUAUAAUAAAGGUUAGAUAAAAUACCAACUCGGUUAGAUAAAAUACCAACUCAAUAAAAUUAAAUUAACAAUUACAAUAGAUAAAUAUAGAAUAACUACCCACUAAUUAUCCCACAAACCUUUAAGCCUAAUUAUUCUCAACUGAACACACGAUAGCUUUCCCUGUUCCCAUUCUCUUUAUCACCACCGCUUCACCUUCUUUUUUUCCACCAUCGUUUCAUCUCUUUUUUUUUUUCCUCACCAUCGUAGCCAAAACACUCUCCACAGGUUUUUGCUUUCCAUCAAUAUUCUUAGAACAAUUCUUUUCUUCUUAUCUAAUACAUCAUCCACUCUCUAUUUCUGCAGAGUGUAGGUUGAAGAUGCCACUGGAGUAUACUCCUCUUUCCCAGCUCAAUGCAUCUAAAAAAGAAUGGAAAAUCCGAGUGUUGGUCUCACGGGUAUGGAACUACUACUCCAAAAAUAAACCUGAAGUUGUUCUCGGGAUGGAAGCUAUCCUUGUGGAUGAAAAGAAUGGUGAACACUGAUAAUUUGGCUCCAUGUACGGUUACUCAAAUGGUAAAACCCACUUCAAAUAAAGUGGUAACCGUUGAUGAUUUCCCAUUAAGCUGCUUCAAAACAAUCGAUCAGCUCAUGUGCAUCGAGGAAAGUACUUGUGUUAUGUUAGCAUCUAUCUUAGCAAUUCAAAAGGCAAUUCCUUGGUUCUAUGUUGGGUGCAAAGGCUGUUGUGGGAAAGCUACACCAUAUUUCAACCCAGUGACUGAGGAAAUUGAGGCCAACAAAUAUGCAUGUGACUCUUGCGAGAAGGAAGAAACCAUCACAAGUAUAAGGUACAAACUGCAAGUCAAAGUAGCUGAUCAUACUGGAAGUACAUCUUUUCUAUUAUUUGAUAGAGAAGUUAUACAACUCAUUCAUAAAUCUGCUUAUGAAUUGCUUGAACAACAAGUGCAGUUUAACCGUGAGGAUGAAAUUCCUCAAGAACUAUUGGGUUUGGAAGGAAGAAAGAUUGUUUGGGUUAUCCGUGUAAAGGGUACGGAGAAAAAUUUCAGACAACCAAGUUUUAACGUUGUCAAACUCAGUGAUACGCCUGAUGUGAUCCAUAAUUUUCAAGAUAAUAUGAGAAUGGAGGUGGAAAAAUACAUCUUCAGAAGCCAAUAACAAUGAUUUACCACCUUGCUCUCCUAUGACUCCAAGCACAAAACGACAAGGAAGUAAUAUUUUUGAUGAUGAAGCAAUUCAAGAAUCAUCAACAAAGCGUAAGGGUACAUCUAAAAGGCUAAAGGAGAAAGUGAUAGAAAAGUAGAGAACAUGAAGAAAGAAAGCACAAAGGCUAAGCUUUAGGAGUCUGAGCAGGUAGAAUUCGUUGGUUCUGUUUCUAUUUAAUCUAAGUUCAGUUUGUACAGAGGAUGCUGUCUUUAAAACCUUGGAUACUAAUCUUUAGUUGUGCAAUUGUAUUGAAUUUUCAAGUAAUUUUCAAGUAACUUUCAUUCAUAAAACAAACUAAGAAUUAUUAUCAAUAUUCAAAUAUAUCAAAUAUAUCAAUAUUCCAUUAAAUGAGAUUCUAUGAAGUAUUAGAGACUUUUGGAAACGAGGCUACGAAACUCAAUGUAUAAGAACUUAUUACAAACAAACAAGGCUUAUAUAUGUGUCACAAACAAACAAGGCUUAUAUAUGUGUCCACUAGAUUCAUUCUUAAUCUCUUCCUUCAUCUUUCUAAAUAACUCAUUGAACUUCAUAUUAAGACCAACGUUUUAUGGUUCAGUUUUAUUUCUUAAUGUUAAUACAGCUAUUCAGUAUCAUAAUACUUUCUACUAUAAUGCUUGAUUAUGCAGUACUAUUUCUAAAUAUGUUUUUUGCAUCAUUCUGUAAAUUUUUUUUUUAUAUGAAUACCAAAGCACUAUAUACAAAACACCAAAAAGGUAUCUAACCUUGAAGACAAUGUUAAGGUUUCUCCUCCAUCCGAGUCUUUUUUCUUUGAGAGGAGCGAUCUUUAAUAAACAAAAGUAUUCUUAGCUCAACUCAGCCUCAUCUCCUUUGAAGUAGACUGAAUCAGCCUCAUCUCCUUUGAAGAGCAGGAAAAAAUAUGUUCUACGCACCAAAGAGACGUUACAGCUUUGCCAUAGCACCAGAAUCUCUUGCUGCUUUCUCUCAAAGUCCCCGUCCACACCAAAGUCCCUUUUCAUUAGAGACCUAAUUAAUGAAAACAAAGAAAGUUGAAAAUAAAUCGUAAGAUUAAUAAAUCGAUUACUAUUAUUUAUAUAUGUUUUUCAAGUUACCUCUUGAUGACGCUUAGACAUCUCCUUCUAUUUUCUUCAUCUUCAAGCAUGGACUCAGCAAGAUCCCUCUGUUUUCUCAACUUUGCCAUCUGCUUUUCCAUCUGCAACCACAUUAAACCUUCAUUAAUUAGUAUUAAGUCACUUAAAAUACACCCAUGUGCACGUAUCGCCCCCUCCCAUCCCAUGUGCAGCCAUUAUCAUUAUUAACACAAGGUGAAAAGCCUUCAAAUCCCGGUUGAGAUUAAAGAUAUGAACAUAUCUUUUUAAAAAACAAAUUUAGAUAUUACUGUCAGAUAUUACUGCCAAAAAGGUUUCAACAGAUUUACUUCAAUAUUAUCCAUAAUUAUAAUAUAUUUAAAGAUUACUAAUUUAUUUAAAUUUACACUUAUAAUAAAAUUAUUCAAAAUAAAAAAAAAAGAUUUUUGCCCGU